AUGGGUGUUUUAGGUGUGCAGAUUGGGCAAUGUGGAAAUCAAAUAGGAAUGGAAUUUUACGACAGUAUUUAUAAACAUAUUAUGAGUUGUAAAAAUGGAAGUUUAAAAAAUAAAUUAAUUAAUAUGUAUUUCGAUGAAGAAUGUGAAUAUGAUAAUAACAUAUUUCCUAUAAUAGAAUAUGAAGAUUUUACAAGUAAUAAAAAUAUUAAAGGACAUAUAAUAAGUCCUGAUAUUUCAAAUGUAAAAUGUUUAAAUAAUUAUACUGCAAGGUGUAUAUUAAUAGACAUGGAACCAAAAGUAAUCGAAAAUUGCCUGAACGGCAAUAAAUUUGAUAAAAAUUCUCCUGACUAUAGUAAUUAUAUUUUAAAAAAUAAAAAUAAAAAAUAUGAACAAGCAAGAAAUUAUGAAUUUGGUAAAUAUGACAAUGAAUGUGUGAGGAUAAGCAAUUUUGAUAAAAGCCAGAAAUAUGUCUGUGGAUUAAAUGAAUAUUAUGAGCCAACAAAUAAUUUUAUAAAAAUAUUUGACAAAAAAUGUAAUAUUAUAAAGUCAAUUGAUAAUUAUAAAAAUGAUGAAAUGGAAAAUAAUUCCCAAAAGUUUGAUGAUAAUAAUGUAGUUAAUACAUCGUCUUAUUCGAAAAUGUACAGCAUUAAUCAGUGGAAGUAUAACAAAAAUAAUGUGAUUUAUGGCCUGAACGGGUCAGGUAAUAAUUGGUCCUAUGGAUUUAAUGUACAUGCAAAAAAUAUAUGUGAAGAUUUUUUAAAUUUAAUAAAUAAAGAGUUAGAAAAAAAUAAUAAUAACAACGAAUGUAUAGAUAAUAUAAUAUUAUUUCAUAGUUUAGCAGGUGGAAGUGGUAGUGGAAUAAGUUCAUAUAUAUCAUAUAUUUUAAAAGAUGAAUAUCCAAAAAUAAAUUUAUUUAAUAUAUGUGUUUUACCAUAUACUUUUGGUGAAAUAAGUGUACAAAGCUUAAAUACGAUAUUAUGUUUAUCGUCUAUUUAUGAGGUUUCAGAUUGUGUUAUGGUUUUUGAAAAUGAUAAAUUUGAAUUAAUGUGUAAAAAAAUAAAUGGGGGUAAUAUUUCAGGAGACACAAUAGGGUAUUCAUCAAAUUCUUUUGGAAGUAUAGAUACAAAUAAUAUUAACAAAUAUAUAUGUCAAUUUCUUGUACAUACAUUAGGACUACCAAUUGAUUAUAGUUAUUUAAAAAAUAAUAAUUAUUAUAAAUAUUCAAAUUUUAUGAAUUCAAUAGUGUCUGAUUUAUGUUGUCAUCCUAAUUAUAAAUUAAUAUCAACUAGAUAUCUUCCACAAGUAUAUAAAGAAAAUCUAAAGUUUGAGCAGAAUACAUUUAAUAUGUUAAUAAAAAGAAUGCAUAAGAUGGUUAUAAAUGGAAAUAUAUUAGAUUAUAGUGUAGGUAAUUCUAAAGAUAGUGCAGAGAUGACUAGCCAUUUUAAUAAUUAUAUGGAUAGCUAUUUUCCAAAAAUUUCUGAACAAAAUUUAAGAAAUAAUAAUAUAUUUCAAAAAGUUGAUAAUAUUCCUAUACAUUUAAAUGAAAAUAUAAGUAAAUCAUAUGUAGAUAAAAAAUUAAAUUCUAUUUUUUUAUGUAGUGAUAAUAAUAAUACAAAUAAAUAUCAGCAAGCAAAAUCAAGACAUACUUAUAAAAUAUUUAAUAAAAAUACUAAUUUAAAAAAUAUACAAGAUAAUAUAAGUUCAACAUAUUUCAACCACAAUAAUGUUAUUUUUAAUUCAAAAAUUAUAAUGCGUGGAGAAAUUAAUGAAAAUAUAAAUCUUAAUUUAUUUAAAAAUAAUGUUUUAUAUAGUAAAAGAUCAUUAAACCCUAUAGAAGUUUAUAUUGAUGAAAAUAAAUAUUUUGGCAAUAAUAGUUUAGCUAUGUUAUCGAAUUGUUUAACUCCUAUACCGGGUUUAAAAAAAGUUUUACAAAAUGCUAAAAUGUUAUAUUCCACAAAUGCUUAUAUAUAUCAAUAUAACAACUAUGGAGUGACAAACGACAACAUCCAUAAUUCCCUUAUGGCGGUUGACCAAGUUAUUAAUUCAUAUGAAAGUUUGUCUUGCGAGUAG